UUGACCGAUAUGAACGUUUGCUGGCGGUGGCGGCCGAAUCCUCCGCAUCCUUUCUCUCUCUCUCCUUCUUCUUCCUUCUUCUUCAAGUUUGAUCAUUCAAGAUUCAACCCUCCCUUCCUUUGAAUACAUUCUCGUUUCCUUUUCCCGCUACUCCACUUCUCUCCUACCAUCCCCCUCUCUUCGCCUGGAUUUCGACGUCAUGUUUGGCCCUUCAUCUCUGUUGUUUCAUUAAUCUCACUAUCAUCCAGCAGACAUAAAGAGCGCAUAUUACUUUUGCUCUGAAGCAACAACAGAAGAACAGCUGCUUUGCCGCUUGGACAAAGAUAUGGCGUCAGUCGCAGCCCUUCUACCCAAAUCCAAUAACCUGUUUCCUUCUCUGCUUCUCUUCUUCGUCAUGCUGAAUUGCUUCCGGGAGCUCAGAUCUCAAGUUCAAGUGUUACCCAAUGAAGAAGUUCUGGCACUUGAGCAAAUAUCGGCGAAAUUAAAGAACACAUAUUGGAACAUCAAUUCAGCUUCUUGCAGCAGAGGUUUUAGCGGGAAUGUUACUGGUACUUCUACUGGAGUCAACAAUGUCACCUGCGACUGUUCCUUCAACAGCUCCACCAUUUGCCACGUCACCAACAUUCAGCUGAAGACUCUGAACCUAACUGGUGUUCUACCAGAUGAAUUCGAGAACCUUUCAUUCUUGAAAGAAAUAGAUCUCAGUCGCAAUUAUCUCAAUGGGACCAUUCCCGUGAGUUGGGCUCGGAUCCCUCUUGUCACCAUAAGUCUUCUUGGAAACCGCAUUAGUGGGCCCAUUCCAGCAGAGCUAAGUAGCAUCGAAACGCUUGAGGAGCUGGUCUUGGAAGAUAAUGAGAUUGGAGGAACCCUUCCUCCAGAACUUGGUAAUUUAAGCCGGUUGAAGAGACUCCUUCUUUCUGCAAACAAUAUCACAGGCCCAUUACCAGAAACAUUUGGAAAUCUGAAGAACUUGACAGAUUUUAGGAUAGAUGGUAAUAGUAUAUCUGGGAGGAUACCUGAUUUUAUUGGCAACUGGACCAAACUUAAGCAGUUCGAUAUGCAAGGAACAUCCUUGGAGGGGCCUAUUCCUUCUACAAUUUCCCUGUUAACAAACUUAACUGAACUGAGGAUAAGUGAUUUGAACACAACGAAUAUGAGUUUCCCUGACCUCCAAAACAUGGCAGCCAUGCAUGAAUUGAUACUAAGAAAUUGCAUGAUUACUGGCCAAAUUCCCAACUACAUUGGAAAAGUGAUGACAAAUAUUAAAAAAAUAGACCUGACCUUCAACAGAUUGACUGGUCAAAUUCCACAAAACUUAGAGAGUUUGUCAAACCUACAAUAUCUGUUUCUCACUAACAAUUCACUAACUGGAUCAGUACCAGCUUGGAUCAUGGAGAGCAAGUUUUUUAUUGACAUAUCUUACAAUAACUUUACAGGAUACUCUACAGUAGCCAGCUGUGAGCAAUCAGGCGUGAAAACAAUUGCUAGUUAUUCAUCUUCAGAAGACAACACUGUCAGUUGGUGCUUGAAGAAGGACUUACCCUGCUCUAGUGAACCCAAAUAUUAUUCCUUGUUCAUUAACUGUGGUGGCCCUAGGGGGGAAUUUGAUGGUGAAGAAUAUGAAGAUGACUUAUUAACAAUGGGUCCAUCAUAUUUCCACCAUUCUAGUGAAAGAUGGGCUUGUAGCACGACAGGAGACUACUUGGAGAAUGGCAAAGCUAAUUACUUAACCUCAAACAGUAUGCUGAACAUGACUGAUGCAACAAUAUACAGGACGGCUCGCCUUGCUCCUCUGUCACUUAAGUAUUAUGGACUUUGUUUACGCGAGGGAAGUUAUACGGUGAAGCUCCACUUUGCAGAAAUUAUGUACACAGAUGACCAGACAUAUAGCAGCCUUGGAAACCGUAUAUUUGACGUAUCAAUCCAAAAUCAAAUACGCUUGAAAGAUUUCAAUAUUGCCAAAGAAGCAAAUGGUGUUGGAAAAGGAAUUAUUAGGGAAUUUAAUGAUGUCACUGUUAAUGGUAGCACUCUAGAGAUUCACUUAUACUGGUCUGGGAAAGGGACUACUGCCAUUCCAAGCCGAGGUGUAUAUGGACCCCUUAUAUCAGCUAUUACCGUGACACCAAACUUUGAUCCUGAUACUGGGCUAUCUACUGGAGCUAUUGUUGGAAUAGUAGCUGCUGCAUGUGUGGUUAUCAUAUUGAUUUUGAUAUUCCUUUGGACGAAAGGUUACUUAGGAAGAAAGGACCCUCAGGACAAAGAACUUAGAGGCCUAGGGACAGGUUAUUUCAGUUUAAAGCAAAUUAAAGCUGCUACUAGGAACUUUGAUGUGGAAAAUAAGAUAGGUGAAGGUGGAUUUGGACCAGUUUACAAGGGCAUAUUACCAGAUGGUACUCUUAUUGCUGUCAAGCAGCUCUCCUCCAAGUCAAAGCAAGGGAACCGCGAGUUCAUCAAUGAGAUAGGAAUGAUAUCAGCUUUGCAACACCCAAAUCUUGUGAAGCUUUAUGGAUGUUGUAUUGAAGGAAACCAGCUGUUACUGAUAUAUGAAUACAUGGAAAAUAAUAGCCUUGCACGUGCUCUAUUUGGUCGUGAGGAACAGAUACUAAUCCUGGACUGGUCUACAAGGCGUAAGAUUUGCUUGGGGAUAGCAAGGGGUCUUGCAUACCUGCAUGAAGAGUCAAGAAUAAAGAUUGUCCAUAGAGACAUAAAGGCAACCAAUGUGCUUCUUGAUGGGGAUCUAAAUGCUAAGAUAUCUGACUUUGGUUUAGCUAAACUUGAUGAAGAGGAGAACACCCAUAUCAGCACCCGAAUAGCUGGAACUAUAGGAUACAUGGCUCCAGAAUAUGCAAUGAGGGGCUAUUUGACUGACAAAGCAGAUGUUUACAGCUUUGGAAUUGUCUUAUUAGAGCUUGUCAGUGGAAAGAGCAAUACAAGUUAUAGGCCAAAGGAGGAUUUUGUUUAUCUUCUUGAUUGGGCUUAUGUGUUACAAGAGCAAGGGAAUCUCCUAGAACUUGUUGACCCUAUUCUUGAAUCAAACUAUUCCAAAGAAGAAGCAUUGAGGAUGCUGAAUUUGGCUCUCUUUUGCACCAACCCAUCUCCUACUCUGAGGCCAUCCAUGUCCUCCGUGGUGAGCAUGCUUGAAGGGAAAAUUGCGAUCCAAGCCCCAAUCAUCAAGAAACGCUCAGAUGAUGAAGAAGUGAGGUUCAAGGCCUUUCAGAAGCUUUCCCAAGACAGCCAAUCAUAUACCUCUAUCACAUCUCAAGAAAGUCAGAUGCAGAAGAGCAUAUCCAUGGAUGGUCCAUGGAUUGAUUCCUCUGCGUCUCUCCCGAGCAAAGAAGAGAGUAGAGAAUAGAUAUGAAUCCAGUGGAAGCAUACUUUUGCCUGAUGCCAUUGAAACUAAUUUAGAAUGAGUGCUGUUCUUUUUUUAUUUAUUUUUUAAUGUAAGCAUAUAUCUGGGUGUUGUUCAUAACUUUUCCUUUAUAUAUGUAAUGUAAUUAUUAUGGAAAUACGACAUUUUUUAUGUAUACAUGAUCAGAUGGCAAUGCAUGAAUUUCAUGAUCAA